UACACCACGCAUUUUGUUCUGUCCUUCACUUCUUCUUUUUCUCACUCUUCGUUAGCUCUAGAAAAUCGAUCCGGUUGCUUACUCAGAUCCAUACUGAAUCUGUCAUCCAUCAAAUAAACUUGGAAAGCCAAUAUUUUCCAUAAUCGUCCCUCAAAUCCCAUUUAAAUGAGGAUUUUGCAGUUGGGUCUUUUAGUAGCUUUGUUUUCUGGGGUGGCAGCCAUUCUCAUUUACAUCACUGGACUCUCCAAUCGUUAUGAGAAUCAUCAACCGUCAGGUGAAGAUUGGGAAGCAUUGCAAUCUCUGCAAAGUGGUUUCAAGAAGUGUGUGAGUGCAAACGGAUUAGGUUUACAAGCUAUAAGUGGUAAAGAUUAUUGCCAAGUAACACUAACCUAUCCUAGUGACACUGACUCCAAAUGGAGGGAUCCUAACACUGGAGAAGUUGAAGGUUUAUCCUUUGAGUUUAAUCUUUGUGAAGCGGUGGCCACGUGGGAACAGGUGAGGAAUAGCACUACAAUACUCACUAGGGAGUUCCUUGAUGCUUUACCAAAUGGGUGGGAGGAGUAUGCAUGGCGCAGGAUUAAUAAAGGAGUGCUACUGAACCACUGUAAAAAUAAAGCUUUAUGUAUGGAGAAGCUUUCACUUGUCCUCCCUGAAACACCACCUUAUGUUCCAAGGCAGUUUGCUCGGUGUGCUGUUAUUGGCAACUCCGGAGAUCUUCUGAAAACAAGGUUUGGGAAGGAGAUAGAUAGCUAUGAUGUUGUCAUUAGAGAGAAUGGUGCCCCAAUUGAGAACUAUACUGAAUAUGUGGGCAAAAAAAGUUCAUUCCGGCUUCUUAAUAGAGGAUCUGCCAAAGCUCUGGAUAAAGUUGUGGAAUUGGAUGAAACAAGGCAGGAGGUCUUGAUAAUAAAAACUACAAUUCAUGACAUUAUGAGCCAGAUGAUUCGGGAAAUUCCAAUAAGAAAUCCCGUAUAUCUCAUGCUAGGUGCAUCCUUUGGUUCAGCUGCAAAAGGUACUGGGCUCAAGGCUCUUGAAUUUGCUCUCUCUGUAUGUGAUUCGGUAGAUAUGUAUGGUUUCACAGUGGAUCCAGGCUAUAAAGAAUGGACUAGAUAUUUCUCAGAAUCUCGGAAAGGCCAUACACCUUUGCAUGGCAGGGCUUACUACCAGAUGAUGGAAUGUUUGGGUCUUAUUAAAAUCCAUUCUCCAAUGCGAGCUGAUUCCAGCCGAGUGGUGAAGUGGCUGCCAAGUCGUAGUGCCAUAAGAGCUGCUAGAAUUGCAUCAGAAAAAUUGUUGAGGAGGGUUGGAGCAGGAUCUGAAGACCUGCUUGGUUCGUGCUCAAAAAUAAAGAAGCAAGUUAAAAGGAAACAUUUGUCGGUCUCUAAGCUCAGAAAGGCUGCUGUUGACCAUCAAAAAUUUGUGAAAGGCACAACCAUGUAUCCUUUAGAGCACAGUCCUGGACAUGGUCAGCUUUGCACAGUCCCAGUUGAUUGAAUCGUUGGUAACCGCGCUUGAUCUUGACCUUCCUAACUGUGAAACUAUUGCUGGAUAUAGUUCACAGAGACAAAUUAAAGACUGAAAAAACGGAGGCCACUUUGGGCUACACUUGAAGCAGCCGCAACUAGCAUACUCAUCUUAAAAGAUUCAUUUUGGGAGUGAAAGCUUUCAGGCUGCAUUGCCUUUUGAAAGCUCCCUUCAGUCGAAAAGCAAGUGUAGAUUAGAAAGUCAGUUUUGCAAGGUUUCAUGCGUAGGUUCAUUGUUAUUUUUCAGUGCUAAUAGGGUCUACAUUGUAUUUAUGAAUUCAUGAGAUUCUGAUGUAGACGCUUUACCCAUUUCAUAAGGCAUACAGUUGACUUUCUAGCA